AUGCCUUACAUACUGAUCAGCACGCAGAUCAGACUGGAAAACGGCCCAACCAAUGUAGGAGAUGAGUAUUCUGAUCCAGCUGUCAUGAAUUACCUGGGAGCAAGAAAAACAACCAUGCUCGGAAAUCAUUUUUCAGAGUACCGUGUGGACGAGCCUCCUCGACUGGUGUUGGACAAGUUGGAGAAGAUAGGUUACCGCCUGCUGACGAUGACAGGGGUGGGACAGACGCUUGUGUGGUGCCUUCACAAAGAGAUAAAGGAGAUAGAGUGA